AUGCAGAAGGGUGGUGUUGCAGUAGUUGUGUUGCCUAGCUCUUUUGUUUAUUUGUGUAGCUGGGAUAAUGUCAGGGUUGUAUUAAGUGACAUUGUGUAUGGCAUCUUUUGUGACAAAUGGAUAUACCAUCUAAGGUUGUUAUCCCGAGCUGUGUGUUUUGAAAAUCAUGGUGUAGAUCGGUUAUUACGAGAGCCAUCAUCUUCAAAAGGAUAUAAAACUAAACGGCUUAAGAGUUUAGAAUCUGGCUCUCAGGAUGAAAUGAUGCAGAGUCUGCCAGCUGCAAAGCGUCCCAAAAUACCUAAACCCAAGCGUCCCAUUACAAGGAUCCCUGAUGCAGCAGUUGGCAAUAACUUACCUACAGCACCCUAUGAACUUCCGUCUCCAACUGAGUGUCCCAAGUGUGGGGCACGUAAAUUUGCUUUUGAAACGCCUCACUUCUGUUGUGCUGAUGGUGAGGUUAAGAUUGCAGCAAACGAAUGCCCUGAACAACUUGUGAGAUUGCUCACUUCUAUGGACGAAGAUGCAAAACAUUUUAGGCAGUAUAUACGCUUAUAUAACAACAUGUUUGCAUUUACAUCAUUGGGCGGGAAAUUUGAUGCUAAGACUAAAAAGGGGAUAUAUGUCUUUAAGCUACAUGGUCAGCUAUAUCAUUAUAUUCCCUAUUUACUUCCUGGAAAGGAAGGACCUAAGUACACGCAACUCUAUUUCUAUGAUGGAGAACUUGAGGCCCGAAAAAGACUUGGUUGCUUUCCAGAGCUCAGGAAAGAUGUGCUAGCUAUUCUAAUGGAAAUUACUAAACUAAAUCCUUAUGCUAGACUCUUUCGUUCACUGAGAAAGAUUCAGGUGACUGAAUCUACACAGAUUUUAAUAAAUAAAACAACUGUGCCAGAUCAGCGUGUUUACAAUGCUCCCUCAACUGAUGAAGUUGCUGUCAUAUGGCCAGAAGGAGAUGGGUCAAGUUAUAGUGAUCUACCUAAAAAGAGUUCGUGUCAUAGAAUAAUGCAUUAUUUUGGUUGCUAUGAUCCUUUACAAUAUCCGCUCCUUUUUCCAUACGGUGAAUGUGGGUGGACACAAGGUUUAAAGAAGAUGUCUCGAGGUGGAAUACAACAGCUGCGAUCACAGACUGACCUUGUUUCUUCGUGUAGUGUUCAUACUACUGAAGAGCUGCUAGAAGAGGAAGCAAGGCGAAAUGAAAAUAUAGUAAGAACAAAAGCAGAAAAACUACUAUUAAAAAGGGCUAGGCUGGUGCAAGUAGAGGCUCGUCAAAGACAGAUAGGAACAUUUCAGCCAGGGAAUACUAUGCAUACAAGCUGCACAAAUGUGGGGCGAAAGGUUAUACUGCCUCCGACAUUCAUUGGUGGUCCUCGAGAUCUUAAGAAGAGGUACUUAAAUGCAAUGGCUUUGGUUCAGCGAUUUGGCAAACCCGAUCUAUUCAUUACAAUGACCUGCAAUGCUAAUUGGCCUGAAAUUAAACAAGAGCUUGCUGUUGGAGAAAAGGCACAAGACAGGCCAGAUAUUGUUGUAAGGAUCUUUACAGCAAAAGUUCUUGCUUUAAAGCACUUGAUUAAAAAGAAAAAGAUCUUUGGGGACGUAGCAGCAAUGAUCUAUGUUAUCGAAUUUCAGAAAAGAGGCCUACCUCAUGCUCAUUUCCUGAUAAUUCUGAAUCAGGACUAUAAAAUCAAAUGCCCUGCUGACUUUGACAAAUUUGUUUGUGCUGAAAUACUCUGCUGA